AUGUUCUUUACCACGUACAUACUUCUACGCCUUGUCUAUUGGCUCAACUUCGUCUUUAGGAAGUUGUCGGACUUGAUUUUUGGAACCGUUUUGGAACCUAAAUUUGAUAUUGCGUUGGUCACAGGUGGCUGUUCAGGAUUGGGGAAGGAAUUUGUGUUGCAACUUGUCAGUAGAAAAGUGAAAGUAGUGGUGCUCGAUAUUACCAGUCCCAAAGAUGAGGAUAGGGUACAAGACGUAGCUUACUUCAUCUGUGAUGUAAGCAAACGAGAAAAUGUUUUGGAUGUUCAAAAGAAGGUCGAGCUGUUGGUGGGAACUGUGACAAUUCUUAUCAAUAACGCUGCAAUUGCGACUGGAAAACCAUUGUUGGAUCUAUCGUUUCAUGAAAUUGAAAAGACGAUCCAGACCAAUCUCAUGUCAAGCUUUUAUACAAUAAAAUCUUAUUUGCCGGGGAUGAUUCAAAUGGGACGCGGAUACAUUGUUACAAUCGCUUCAGUUUUGGGUUACAUGUCACCGGCAAGAUUAAGCGCAUAUGGUGCCUCAAAAUCAGGACUUAUAGCAUUGCACGAGUCACUUACGCAUGAGCUUGGCUCUCCAGUAAUUGGAUCCAAUGGGAUUAAAACGUUACUCGUGUGUCCAGGACAACUUAGCACUAAAAUGUUUAAAGGAGUGCGAACCCCUACCCAAAUAUUUGCACCAGAAUUGGAUCCAAAAUUUGUCGCGUCAUAUGUUGUACUGGCAAUAGAGCAAGGUCGAAGAGGAGAAAUCAAGUUGCCAUUUUAUGGCAAGUUUCUCCCCUUGUUCAGGGCUUUUCCUUGGCCGAUAGUAGCAUUGGCAAGAAAAUUCUCAGGCAUCGAUAAGAGUAUGGAUGCAUUCAAAGCAAAAGUAUCAAGAGUUGCAAGUAGUGUGUCUUUGAUCAUUGCAAUGUCAAGAAAUGGCUCUACUGAUAAUUCUCCUACACUAUUGAGGGGGUCGUUAACUGUGUCACCGCAAGCCUCAAUUUCGUUAAACGUGGAGGAGGGUAAGCGAGAGAACCAAAAGUGA